UGAAGGUCGCCGUGCUGCUCGAGUUUCGCUCGAUGCUUCAUUCGUGGGACGUCGAUCGCCAUCUUGUUGACUUGUCCGUGAUACCAAGAAUCGAUGCGUUUUUUACUCGGUUACGAUUCUAUUAAACAUCAAUAUUUAGGCGGAAAAUUGAUCUGUGAUCGGAAAUCGAUAUGAAGAAAACAUCGUCUUUAGUUUGGCGGUUUUUCGAUCGACUCGAGGAGAAUAAACGAUGUGUUGCAGUGUUGUGUAAAUUAUGUGAUACGCAGUAUAAAUAUUUCGGUAAUACGACGAAUUUGCGAUCGCAUUUAGUGAGUAAACAUCCGAUUCAGUGGGAGUUGCUCCAAAAUGGAACCUUGGACGAGUCGAAUAUCCGCGUCUUCGACGAUGACGAAAGCACUAACCCGAGUACUAGUUCGACUAGACGGAAGAGAUAUGUAAAGACCUACCAAGACAAUAACGUACGUUAUUCUGUAUCUGUUGAUCUCGCUAAAAAAGGAAAUAACCGAAACUCCUCUACAGAAAACUCAAUACCAGUUAUAGAAAUACAGCGGGUUGAUGUGCUAGAAAAUUCAGAAACUGACAAUGAACAUUUAGUGGAAGGAAAUGAGGAGCCAAUAAACAUAGUCCGUCAGAUGCAUGGCAGAGCCUCGGAUGAAGAAUGGCUCAAUGAGGAGGUCUACGAGACAGUAGAUUACCAACCAAAACGGAAGAAGACUAAGUACAGGACAAUCAAAAGAGAAAUUUGCUCACCACCUCCAAGCACUCCAAAAUAUAGAGUUGUACCAAACCAUACAUAUGCAAAACCAUUGCCGGAGCGUGUAAGUGUUGAAAGCAGUCAAAGAAAAGACGAGUAUUCAGUCUUUGGAGAGUAUGUUGGCAACAGACUGCGUAAAUUCAGACACCCUCAAGUCAGAGGCAAUGUUCAACAGUUAAUUACCACAAUACUUUGGCAGGCGGAGUACGGGAUAUAUGAUAACAUAGAGACAGUAAAGAGAGUAAUUUUACAUUCCGUACAAGAAAUGGAAGUGGAACAAACCACAGAACAAACAAUAAUACACGAGCAUGAGAUUGUUAAAGAGGGGUCACAUGUUGAUGAAAACUAAAUUAACCAAAGAAUAUAAAGAUCAAUUAGUUUGUAAGGUGGAAACAUUAAAGUUAUGUAUAUCUUUUAAUGCUAAUAAAGAAUAAAUUUAUUUUA